AUGAGUACAAGCAAUUCAUCUUCUUUAUCCGUAUCUAGUCAGGUUACUUCUGAAAGCAGACAUAAUGGAAAUGAAGGGGUAGAUAAAGAAAAAGUAAACAGGGACAGAGCAGAUGAGGGUGAAAUAAAUAAAGAUGUAUCACUAGGGAAAAAAAAUGGAGGCCCUCAAACUGAUAACAACACUCUAAGUGAUGAAAAUACAAAUUAUGAGUUAAAUCCUGAUGACGCCAACAAUCUCACUAAAUUAGCUACAGUUAAAAGUAGCAUUCACGCUAAAACAUCGUUUAUCAAUAAGGAGAUAAAAUUCCAUUUGUCUUUUUUAACAUUUGUUAUUUUAGGAUAUCAUACAAGGUAUUGGAUAAGCAAAUUGUCAGCAUCAUACUCCCCAAGUUACGUUUCUUCUGGUACUAUUUUAUGGAGUAACAUCCCAGCAUGCUUUCUGAUGGGCAUUUGUCAAAUAAUUAAUCUGGGUGAGUUACAUGUCCCAGUAACUACAGGGUACUGUGGUACUUUCUCCUCAUAUUCUACAAUGAUAAGUGAACUUUUCGAUCAUUCCACCUCAACUACUUACUAUCCGAACAGAGCAUAUGGUAUUAUGGAGUUUUUAUCGGUUAUAGUUGUGGAAUUAACCUCAUCUAUGGGAUCUCUGUUAAUAGGUACUAGGUUUUCCGAGGAAUAUCUGACAAGUAAGACAAUGAUUUCAUUUUUGAAUAAACAUGUUUAUCCACUAACUUAUACUUUGGGAAUCCCUAUAACAAUUGUAAUGAUUGUACUAAGUGGGGUUUACUCCAAUUUUUCCAGAGAAUUUUUGGUUGGUAGCCUUUUCAGUAUAUUUGGAGCAUAUUUAAGGUUUUACCUAUCCAAGAUAAAUCCAAAGUUUACUAUUCCAUGGGGCACUUUUAUAGCAAACCAGUUUGCUAGCCUAAUAGUUGCUGUCCUGGAUCUGGUAUUAACAUCCCGUAAAAAUAUAGUCCACUCUAAAAAUGGACGUCUUGUUUUAAAAGGGCUUUCUAGUGGGUUUUGUGGUGGACUGAGUACAAUGAGCACUUUUAUGGCUGAGGGAAGAAAGAUUAAAUUAACAUUUGUACUGAUUUACUAUUUCAUUACUAUAUUUACAUCAUACAGUCUAUUCAUUAUUAUUUUAGGUUCGUAUAAAUGGACUGUUGGAUUGAACUGA